AUGAGCAGCACUACUUUAGAAAUGGCGAUUGACGAUCAGAAUAAUUUCAAUAGAAGAUCAAGAGGUAGAGGACAACCACGUAGAAGUAUAAGAGGUUCAAGUAGUGGUCGAAAUAAUCGGUUCAAAAAUUCCCCUUAUGAUCGACAACAG